UAACCGGUUUGUGUGUCGUCCGAGCGCAGUUUGUACUCCAGYGCUCCGGUCCCGUCGCCCGCCUGGUAUACCUAUGCAACGCACACACCUGGUGCCUAGAACUACCGACGAUCCAGCUAUUCGGUCGGGUCGGGCUCUCUCGCGGAGCAGUCUCUUGGCGCGUGCACGCCGGCUCGCUCGUGCGAUCGUCACUGACCGACACCGAGACGGUUUAGUAAUAAUAUUCGCCGCGGUCGACGCGACAACCGCAAUACACGAUCCGUGUGACAAUUGUCAUUAAACGCGUAAAUAAUAGGUACACGCGCUAUCGUCGGAAUUUUUUUUUGUUUUCCGAACUCUUGAGCUUUCGUCGGACGCUCGCGGUGGUAUCGUUCCGGUGCGCGCGCUUCAACGAUCUGUGGUGUGCGCCGUGCUCCGCGAAGUCUCGCCACUGCGCGCGGCGUACAAAAGCUUCGGCCGCCGUCCAGUAUACGCUAAUUUUCGGUUUUCGGCCUUAACCUCCACCGGUGCAGGCUCUUAAGGCGCAUUCAGGUGUACUAUAAAAUAUUAUUUUUUAGGAUGAAUGUGUCUUGUUCGCURGGACGAAAUGCGGAAAGGGCCACGCAUUUAUAAUUUAUAAUUUCACGACUAUGCACUAUUCAAAAUAAAGAAGAUAAAUAUACUUGUACGGUUUUUUCYCGAAAAAAUAUGAAUUAAARUCACGAAUAUGGAUAAAAAUGUUACGUCUACGCCAGAUUUAGCGUCUCUGGACUGCUGGGAUUAUACGAUCGAGUUGGAAUGUCUUCGYGGUCCACAAGACUUACAGCUAGCUGCUGAACUAGGCAAAACUCUGCUGGAGAGAAAUAAAGAAUUGGAAAACAACUUGAGGCAACAGCAAAAUGUCGUGGAAGAUCGCAAUCAAGAGAUCGAGUAUCUUACCAAACAGACGGCCGCUCUGAGAGAAGUGAACGAUUCCAGGCUGCGCAUUUACGAGCAAUUGGAAAUCAGUAUUCAGGAUCUAGAGAGAAACAAUCAGAGGCUCGUCCAAGAAAACAUUAACGACAAAAAGCAUAUAAAAAGCUUAUACGAUACAAUCGAAAGUUUGGAAAGUCGUUGCGAAGAUUUACAGCACCUGGUCGACGACAUGGGUCAUUUAAAGAGAGACGACAGCGUGGCCAGCGAAGGCAGCGGCAGCGGAGGAGCUGUGAUCGAAGAUCAAGAUGAAUAUGCUAAACUUGCUUCACAAUUGGAGCAUGCAAAAAAUCUUAGAGUCAAGGAACAGAGAAAAGUGUCUGAACUAGAACAAAACGUGUCCUUACUUAUACAGGAGAACACUAGUCUAGAAGAAAAAGUGAGUGUAAUGCAACAAAAAGAUGAAGAACUGAAAACGCUCCAAGAUCAGAUCGUCUAUUUAGAAGAAAUUAGACAAGGAAAUCUAUGCCGGCGUUGUCAGCGCAGUACCGAUCCAAACCUAUUCGACGAGUAUUCAGUGUACGACGACGAUGAUGACACUGAUGAUAUUAGCGCUAUAGGAUCAUAUGUUGAAACUCACAAACACGAAGUCUUGCAACAAUUACAAGAGACGUUGGGGGAGAACUAUUCGGAGGACAACCCGUACCGGAUAUUGGUAGACAAAUACGAGGCGCUGUUGAAGAUCCAACAAAAGCACAACGCGUUCUCGCCAAUGGUACCGUCGGUCAACAACAACAACAACAACAACAACAACAGCGCCAACAAAGACGGCCAGAACCAGGGCAUAUCGCUGCACGAGGAGCUGCAGAUGUCUGGGCAGUUCUCGUCGUUUAACGGCAACGCGUCGGACAGCGACGACAGCAGCGACGACGAAGGCCUGCAGACGAAAGGACGGGCCGCACAGAGCGGUGGCGCCAUGUGCAAGUAUUCCGAGACAGAAACGACGUCGUCGUCUGGCUUUUCGGACGAGACGAGCAACAAGUGCACGCAGACCGAGACGUUCUUCACCGGUUCGUUUCUGUGCACGAUAUCGGACGGUGACGACUGCCGGUUCAGCAUCUACGACGAUGCCAGCCCCGUGGAGAGCCGGUUCCGGAAGACGCCCGAGUACCGCCAGCUGUUCCGGGAGAUAUUCGCCGUGCUCAAGCGGGCGGCCGAGGCCAAGGACGAGGGCGAGAGGCUGCCACUGCUCCAGGACGAUGACGGCUACGAGGGCGAAGACGGCGACGGCGCGAACGACUCUCCGUUCGCCGGCCGUUCGACCACGUCAGCGUGCGGUACGCCACGAGUGCCACCGGCCACGCCCGCCUGCGAGCACAACCCGUUGAUGUCGUCUGUAGAGCAGUCGGCGACGGACGAACGGCGUCCAUCCACGCCGCCACCACAGACACUAGCAGACCAACAACAGACGGCCGAACACCAACAACAACGAUCGGAACAACAGCAGCAAGAGCCGCGCCCGGAAGCCCACCGUCGUCCCCGGGACAUCAUCGAGGAGCUGGCGUCCGCGGCCAAGCACAAGAAACCCGCCCGGCACCGCAAGUCGUCCGCGGCCAAUCAUCAGUCCAAGGACAUCAGUCACCUGCUGGAUUUCAAGUGGACCGACCAGGUGACGCGCCGGCAGCCCAGGAGCGGCAGCGGCGAAAGGCCGCCGUCGUCGCACAGGUCUACGUGGUGCGCCGCGCCGGACAGUGCGAAAGCGUCGCCCGCCGUCGUCGCCCAACCGUUUGCCAGCGCCGCUUCCCAGGAAGUGGCCAAACUCAAGCUGUUGGAUAGGUCGUACGCUGAGGCGUUGAGACGGAAGAAACCACUGCCGACGUCGUCCAACAGGCCGCAAUCGCAGUACAACACCAGAAACGCGCAUUGAUGAUUGUUCGCCAAAGUGGGUCAUCAACUUUUGUGUGAUUGUCGACUUUACGUAUUUAAAUUUGUUUUUUU